UGUCCGGCGCAGGCGCAGUGCGGAGCGAUUUGGCUGUAGUUCGCAGAGCGGAUGAAGAUGGCGGCUGCGGCCUCGGCGGGUCCCGGAGCCUCGGGCUCGGUUCGGGGCCGCUUUCCGGGCCGGCCGUGGGUAGGGAGAAGCGGGAACAGGGAAGAGGUUGUGGAAUUAAAAGAAGAAAAAUCCGAAAGCGCUCCGCUCCGCCUGGCUUUGAGAUCGAAUAAAGGUCCGAAUUCAUCUCCGACCUCUUCUGCGGUUUUCCCCUUUAAAGAAGAGAGCCCGCCCAUGUCAAACGCGAAGCAAGCGAGCCCUACUGCAGCCACUGUUAAGGAAGAGUGCGCGGCGCUGCCUAAAUCUAUGCAUGGCUUCACCCCCGACAAGAUUGUUCGAGUUCACCUCACCCAACUGGACCCUUCAUUGUAUGGCAUCAAUACGUCAUUUUUACUUACUCCAAAAGAGUCUGUGGUAGCCUCCCGCAACCACCUCACUCUCCCCUCCAAUCCCGUCAAGGAACAGACCCGCUCUACUAUUACUUCAAGGAGAAAUAAACGUCGGAAGGGGAAAGGCAAGAGAUUAACGUAUAGGAAAGCUCCCGUGAGGCGUCAGCCCAAAGUAGCAGAAUCUGUGGUUUUCUGCCAGGAUGUCUCCUCAAGGGACAGUCCGGUUGCUCUUGUUGAAGAGAGCCCCGCCGAUGAAGAUACCAGAGUCCAUAUAGCAAGUUAUGAAAGCGAAGCUUCCAAGGUAGCCCAAGCCAACAUAGCUCUUGAAGGCUCUUCUAAACCUUCCACUUCUGAUGCCGACCAACCAACUGGACCGAGUUCUCCUUCUUCUCGAGCCGACGGAAAGGUUGAAGAACAAGCCACCACGAUGGAAGUUGAACAAGAGAAGUCUUGUCUUCCUCUUAAGAGAAAGGGGCGACGAGAUAGACAGGUUCGGAAAGUGAAAUGGAAGCUGAGAGCAGAACCCAGGCAAGAGAGUGAAGAAGAACCCAGGGGCAAGGAAAGCGAGAAUCUUGAAGCUGAUAUUGGUCAGGAGAAGGUUGAAGAUGAAAGAAUACCGGCCAAUGUAGAACCUUUACCAGACAAUGGAGAGUCUUCUGAACCAAGACCAGAGCCGGUGCCUGUAAAGGAAGAAACUCCUGAGAAGACUUUAGAAGAUGGUCCAGAUUUGACCCCAUUACCUGUUGAAGGACACCAGCAAGGAGAUAACUUUGAGAACAGUUCAUUAGUGGAGAUGCCUUCGGAAGAGGUGAAAGUAAUCGACCCCUUGCAGCCAGCAGAACCUCUACCGGAAACGACAGUCUCUGCUUCGAUUCAGGGAACGGCACCAAUAAGCGAGCCCAUCGAUCCGGUGGAUACCGCCUCGUCCGUGUCUGACCAGCAGCCUCCACCAAAACAGUUUGGCCCUCUAAGGAAGAGCAAGAAAGCCAAACGGACUUGUUCUCUGCAAACGGACCGCACAGCUGCUCAGAAGCUUAUAGCCAAGGUGAAGGAAGCCCAGAGCAAAGCCCAGUCACAACUCCCAGCUCAGCCUUCCAAAGCGGUUUGCCCCGAGACCACCGAGUCGGUCAAGCCCUCUGUGAAUGCACGUCCUUCCCGCGUGAUUAAAAUUCCUCGAAGGUUAAUUGAAGAAGACCUGCCAAAUGUCACCGACGCGCAGGUCAAGAGGGGCCUGUCGGAGCCAGUCGGUAUUUUGGCCGAGCUGGAGAAGCAGGUCCUUUCCGACGCGCCUGCUGAUCCGUGUUUUAGUCUUUUUAAUGAAGAUGAUCACCUCAACAUGCUACCUCCAGCAUCUCCUCGAACGGACUCCACGCUGACGUCCUCCACGCCUUCCUCUGCGGCUUCCUCGCCCUCUCUUCCGCCCGCUCCAGCUCCCUCUGCACCUUCUGAAAGUUUGCGCAAGAACAUCCUGCGAGCACCGACGUUCCGCUGGAACUCCUUUAAUAUUUCUGCUCCAGAAGCGCAAGAAACUGCAAGUUCUUCUCAGCCUCCUAAACACCUGUCCUCACCCGAACCUUCGGAGCAUCCUGUGAAAUCCAGCACCCUUAAGACACCCUCACCUUCCCAUCUCCCUUCUGACCCACCUCCCAAGCCCGAGUCCAAGCGCUCUCCACUCCUUCGUGCGCCGCAGUUCACCCCCAGCGAAGCGCACUUGAAAAUCUACCAGUCUGUCUCCCUUCAGGACAACGAGGCCAAUAAGGCUUCCGCUGUUACAACAGGUAGGAAACACCUGUCCGACCAUAGUUCAGCCACGGUGGCCGGCGCUUCACCAGAUCUCUCGCCGGGCACUUCCGCUAAAGAGUCACCAACUGUAGGAAGAAGGGCAAACCAUUUGGCGUUACCUCUGUUUGCUGACACUGUUUCUGGAGGCUUGCAGGCUCCUCACACAUCUCAAAUCUCCAAUCAAACUGUAAAGCUUCCUGAGCCAGUCCAGUCCCUAAACUUGAAGUCGGAGCGCGGAUUACGACCAAAUGAGGCGGAUGCUUCCGUGAAACCUCUCAAAAUGGAGGCCAUGACUUUGUGCCCCGGAGAAGUUGCAUUGAAGUCCCAGUUCCAGUCUCAGUCCAUGAGCUCGCAGGGCGUCCUGACUUUCCCUCCUACUGAACUCUCCCUUUCCGGCACAGACAAGAAAGUCAUCAACCUCUUGGAGAAGGCCAAGAUACAGCUGUUUAAGAUUGACAAGCAGAAGAGUGCUGAUCAGGGGCAGGAUUCCCCAGUGCAAGGGCCGCGGAUUAAACACGUGUGCCGCCAUCCUGCUGUCGCUUUAGGGAAGCCACGCGCUAUGAUUCCGGAGGACAUCCCCAGGCUGAGUGCCCUGCCGCUGUGCGAGAGAGAGGCCGUGGUGCCAGCAGCAGCCGCAGCUGCAGAAGAAGCUCCUGAAGAAGAGUCGUCGGCCUCAGAGCCAGAGCCCACCACGGUCACCCGGCAGAAACCUGUCAGGCAGUCGUCGGCACCACCUCCCCGCCGGCCUCGACCAACAUCCAGGGUGAGGCUGCGGAUGGCCAGAUGCGGCAAGUGCAAAGGCUGCAACGUGAUGGAGGACUGCGGCCGAUGCGUAAACUGCAAGGACAAGACAAAGUUUGGCGGUCCCAACACGAAGAAACAAUGUUGCGUAUACCGGAGAUGUGAGCGGAUAGAAGCCCGCAGACAGCAGAGGAUAGCGCAGAAAGGCCGAAAGCCAAUCCGACACCUCCCGACGCGAGAGAGCAGCUCCGAAUCGGACGACUUUUUUGCCGAGGUCUGCCGAAACGACGACACGGAAGCUUCCGAGCGACUAGAACCCGGCGUUCCGUCCCAGCGCAAAUCUACCCGCCGCUGUGUGAGGCAACGCCCAUGCUACGACCUCUUCCCCGACUCCGAGGAUUCUGACUUCGAUCCGAGUCCGAGCGCCCCCCGCAGGAAACAGCGGCGAGAGUCCGAUUUACUUCCUCAGGACUCGGAGGAGCAGAAUAAGCCACGCAGAGUACCCCAGCAGCCCGUGAUCCUCCGCGCCAGGUCUGGCCAGGAGCAGGACUCAACCUUGAAUGGCACAUCAACCAAAAUCAAAUCUUCCGACGGAACCCACCGUCUACGCGUCGAUUUCAAGGAGGACUGCGACCUGCAGAACGUGUGGAUGAUGGGGGGGCUCAGUAUCUUGACGUCUUUCCCCGUAACACCGACUCACGUGUGCCUGCUCUGCGCCAGCCGCGGACAUCAUCAGUUCUUGUACUGUCAGGUGUGCUGCGAGCCCUUCCACACGUUCUGUUUGGAGGAGUCCGAGAGGCCUUUGCCUGAGCAGGAGGACAGCUGGUGCUGCCAGCGCUGCAAGUUCUGCAACGUCUGCGGACACAAGGGGAAAGCCAAAAAGCCUCUGCUGGAGUGCGAACUUUGCCAGACAAACUAUCACAUUUAUUGCCUCGGACCAAAUUAUCCCGUUAAGGUGCCACGCAGUGGGAAAGGCUGGUUGUGUUCCUCCUGCGUUCGCUGUAAAAGCUGCGGCGCCAGUCCCGCAGUGGACGCUGACCUUGAGCUGACGGAAGGGGGAAACCUAUGUACAGCUUGCUCCACCCUAUACAAUAAAGGGAGCUUCUGUCCCAUCUGCAGUCGCUGCUAUGAGGAGAACGACUACGACAGCAAGAUGAUCCAGUGCGCCAAGUGCGAUAAGUGGGUGCACUCAAAGUGCGAGGGGCUCUCUGAUGAGGGGUAUGAGAUCCUCUCCAACUUACCCGAGAGCGUGGUGUAUACCUGCCCGCCGUGUUUGGGUGAGGGCGGCACCAUAUGGAGAGAGGCCAUGCUCUCGGAACUGCACGCUGGUUUUCAUGAAAUUAUACAAAGUCUUCUGAGCUCUGAACUUUCCUCGCCUCUCCGGCACUGUGCACAGUGUUCGAAUGCGGGGGCCGAAGGAAAAUGUCUCCACUCUCCCUGCGAUUUGCAGUCUCUGGAGAAACUUCUGGAGGAUGGACACUACAACGCCAUAGCCUGCUUCAAUGACGACGUGGUGCGGAUCAUUCAGCAGAAUAUGGAGAACGGGGUAUUGAAUGAAGGUGGCGAAGCUCUGAAGGCAUUGUAUAUCAAGCUCAUGGAGAAAUCUUUUAGCUGGUUCAGCGUUGAAGACUCCAAAUAUUGGGAGAAGGAUGACAAGUCUUUGGCCACUGGAGUACUCCCUAAUGCCAUUAUGCCGCCAUAUUCUGAUCACUCGUACGCCCUGUGGCAGGAUAGAGAAGACGGCAGUCAUCCGCGCAAUGGGGAAGUUGUGCAACCCAUACUGCCACGGAAAAUCAAGAAAGAAGAGGACGAGUCGGGGGGUGUGCCGGAGAAGGACAAUCGGCAGUGUGUGCUGUGUCUAAAAUAUGGAGACGAUGGACCAAAGGAUGCUGGGAGGCUGCUCUAUAUCGGACAGAAUGAAUGGACGCACAUCAACUGCGCUAUCUGGUCAGCGGAGGUGUUUGAGGAGAAUGACGGCUCCCUCAGAAACGUGCACGCUGCGGUUGCUCGAGGGCGACAGAUGCGUUGCGAGUUCUGUCUGAAGUCCGGAGCCACCGUGGGCUGCUGCUUGUCCACCUGCCAGAGUAACUUCCAUUUCAUGUGCGCUCGGGCCCGCAAUUGUACCUUCCAGGAUGACAAGAAGGUCUUCUGCCAGAAACACGGCAAACUCUUGGACGGGACGAAGGUGGACACGGACUCUUUUGACGUGCUCCGCAGGGUCUACGUGGACUUCGAGGGCGUCAGCUUCAGACGUAAAUUUCUGCAGGGCCUGGAGCCGGAGAAUAUUAACAUGAUGAUUGGUGCUAUGAAGAUAGACUGUCUGGGUAUGCUGACAGAUCUCUCCGUAUCUGAAGGGAAGAUAUACCCCGUUGGGUAUCAGUGUUCACGUUUAUACUGGAGCACCCUGGACGCCCGUCGCCGCUGCUGGUACAAAUGCAGGGUCGUCGAGCAUCGCCCAAAAGAGGGCGACAUUUCAUCUGACGGAGAGGACUCUCAAUGCGUCAACAGGACAAUUGCCCACAGCAGUCCUGGACUUGUCCCAGAAAGCACAGAAGCCGUUCCUGCCUCCACCCCUCCACCUCCAGAAGCCCCUUCACUUUCCCAUCGGCCGCCUCCUGAGCCCAUCACUACUGCUACUGCCCCCCGCUCUUUCUCAGGUGCUAGGAUGAAAAUGCCAAACUUUUCUCCUUCCCGAAAACCUCUUGGUGGAUUUUCUCGCCCGCUUCCUUCUCCAGGAAGUCCAUCGUCCCCUUCUCGGUCUCAUCACAUCCUGACUGUAAGCGAUCCCGAAGUUACACCUCUCAGGAGAACCCGGAGACCGCCGGGGCCACCACCGCCUCGAGUCACCCGUCAGUCUUCAACUCGGGUUUCCCGGGAUUCUGCAAGCCCUCCACCUUCCCCAACUUCUUCACCUCUCGCGCGGCAUUCUUCUUCUGAGGCGCCGUCACAGCUCCUGACCGACAUAGAGCUGAUGUCCUCCUUAGACACUGAACUGGUCACAGGCCCUUUGCCGUGCGGUGCUCAACUUUUGGUGGGUAUGGAGGCACCAGCCGCCGAGUCGGAUGGAGCAAGCAGUUCGGAGGAGGAGCCCGGAGGGGAGUAUUAUGGGUUGACACGGACGGUGGUAUCUAAUGAACCUUUCAGUCCCCUGAUGUCCACCACUCCGCCCGGUCGAAUCGAACAGCUGGAUGGGAUCCACGACAGCACUGAUAGCGAGGACCCGCCACAGAGCCACAACGGCCCCAUGACCACCGGAAAAACGCCGACCCACCUGCCUUCUGAAAUUGUUGACUUUGUCUUAAAAAGUGGCGAGGUCACAGAGACGGACCACACCACCCAGCAGGUGCGGGUGCCGUCUCCUAUAGCCACCACCUCUCCCAUCACGCAGAAUGGGAACUCCGUUGUCGCACUUUCCAAUGGCACAGAUUGUGUAAGCUACCAGUCCUCUCAAGGACCUCCUCCACUCAGGGACCCACCUCAAGUGCAAAGGGUGUGUCGCCCCCUCGUUCCCAUAACCCCCAAUGGACCUUCCUGCCCUUCUGAUCCAGCAUCUGUGACAGCCAGCAAACUUGCCUCAAAGUUUAUAUUGGUGAACAAGACGACGGGUCAGAUCAUUGCUGUUCAAGAUGACAGUAUAGACUUUAGAGGGCAACUUAGGACGCUGCAGGAAGGGGCAAAUUCUGACCCUCAUUCUCUCACCAAGCCCACCAUAUUAAGGCCUAAUUGCAAGGUCGCCCCAAGACCCAUCAACAAAACUCGGAUCGCUUGUCUUCCUCCAACUACUUCCUCUGUUUUGUCUUCUGCUUCCCCUGCUCCUACUCCGAGCAUAGGCACUGUUUUCCUUCAGGCAACUCCCUCCGGUAGCCCAUCGAUUACACUACGUGUGCUGCCGAUGCUCAACGUGGUGCAAGGUACUGGGCAGCUGACUUUGGGGGCUCCGACGGUAAUGGCCCCCACUAUCGCUGGUCUCCCACAACCCUGUCUUCUGCAGGGCCUGCCUGUCAACACGGGGCUCCUGAGCGUUGCUCCCACUGCAGUCCAGACCCAGGUGCCUCCACAAAUGCAAGCUCCCCUGAUGCAUCACAGCCCCCCCAAGAACCACAAAAUCCAGCCAGCCACUAAGAGGCCCUGUCCUGUAGUCAACAACCUCUCUCCCAAAAAGAAACACAAGUUGGACAUGUCGGAUAAACUGGAACACUUGGACCCGCACCUGAUCACACAGUCAGUAGCAAUAAACCUCAACUGCGCUUCUGAGACGGUGACCACCACCAGGUAUGGGCAAAAGUCAAAACGGAAUCGGAUGAAAACUUUAAUACCCAAAGAGUUUGUGAACCUCAACUCCCUGGAUGCAAAUGUGCCAACUUUGGAUAGCGAGAUCCAUUUAGAUCUGACAGUGGAUGUGAAAACAGAGGACCCUCCCUUCGAGUCACCCGUAGAAUCCCCGGGCUCGGAGCCCCCUGCUGGUUUCUCUCCCAACUUUGAAGACUUUGAGGAACGUUUUCUGGCGGAGAAGGAGAACACGUUGUCCAAGAAAGGCAGGCCGCACCUGCGCUUCGAAAUAAUCAGCGAGGACGGCUUCUACACGCAUUCUUAUAGUGCUGAAGGUGCAUGGAAGGCCGUAGUGGAGAAGGUACAAGAGGCUCGAAGUGCGGCAAGACUUAGACAACUCUCCUUCUCUGCCGGUCUGAGCGGAGCGCGGAUGUUGGGGGUUCAGCACGACGCAGUGCUUUUCCUCCUGGAACAGCUCCUCGGUGCCGAGCGCUGCCGCGGGUACAACUUCCAUUUCCACCCCCAGGAGGUCGAUGAGGAGGUGUUAUUAGUCAACCCAACAGGUUGCGCUCGCAGCGAGUAUUAUGUCAGGAAGUGCACAUUUGACAUGUUCAAUUUCCUGGCCUCUCGGCACCGCACGCUGCCAGAGAUGUGCGCCUACGAGGAGGAGGAAGAGGAAGUGCAGCUGAAGUCCACCCGACGAGCGACCAGCUUGGACCUUCCCAUGGCAAUGAGAUUCCGCCACUUGAAGAAGACCUCCAAAGAGGCUGUUGGUGUGUACAGGUCAUCUAUCCAUGGCAGGGGCCUAUUCUGCAAGAGGAACAUAGACGUUGGCGAGAUGGUCAUCGAGUACUCGGGCAUCGUUAUUAGAGCUGUGCUGACUGACAAGAGGGAGAAAUUCUAUGACAGCAAGGGAAUCGGAUGUUACAUGUUCCGCAUCGACGACUUCGACGUGGUCGACGCCACCAUGCACGGCAACGCGGCCCGUUUCAUCAACCACUCCUGCGAGCCCAACUGCUACUCCCGGGUCAUCCACGUGGAAGGCCAGAAGCAUAUAGUCAUCUUCGCCCUCCGCAGCAUUUACCGCGGCGAGGAACUGACCUACGACUACAAGUUCCCCAUCGAGGACCCCAGCAACAAGCUGUCCUGUAACUGUGGUGCCAAAAAGUGCCGUCGUUUCCUGAACUGAGCGCGGCACGCCUAAAAAAAAAAGAAAAAAACAUUAUAAAAA